CAGGGUGUAUCUGAGCUGCGAGCCCCGGCAAUUAACACCUACUGAUCCUACCUACACACGUUGGUCUGGUCUGAUCGCCAUGAGACCCAUGGCUUCCUCCUGGAACUGGAAGUUGCUUUCCCUCGUCUUCCUGCUGGCUAGCACGGCGGCGUGGGGCAUGGCCCACGCCCACGGCGGCGGGCUCAAGCACAUCCACCUGUACAUGCACGAGACCUUCACGGGCCCGAACGCCACGCUGUUUGCGGUGGUGCCGCCCCUGCUGGGCGUGGGCGACAACACCAGCAUGUUCGGGAUGGUCGGAGUGCUGGACGACGAGCUACGCGACGGCUCAGACCCGAGCAACUCAUCGCUGGUGGGGCGGUUCCAGUCCCUCUUCGCCUUCGCGGGGCUGGUGACGCCACCAGGCAUGCAGACGGCGACCAGCCUCGUGUUCACGGCCGGGGAGCACGCCGGGAGCACGCUGGUUAUGGUGGGCAGCAUCGUAAGCUCAGAGGGGCCCUACGAGACCGCCGUGGUGGGCGGCACCGGCGCCUUCAGGAUGGCGCGCGGGUACUGCGUUCUCAAGGCCGUGUGGAGCCCGACGCCGGUGUCCACCGUUUACGAGGUAAACCUGUUGGUGAAGAUGGAGGGAAAACUUUUGGCCAAGAUGGAUGCCUGGAAACGUACUACGUAUGCACUGUGAAAUGUUAUACUGCAUGUUGUUACUACUAGUUACCCAUGUUAAUGUUCAACUCCGGCAAUUUGAUUCUUAGAAUUGUAAGCAUUGUCUUUCUGGGAGACGCAUAUUAUUCGAAUUUAUGAGUAAUAUCAGUUUAUGGUAACUCAAGUGUUAUAUGCGAUUGCUGUUGAGACAUUGCUAGCACAAAAGAAUGCAUUGUUGAAA